GUGUCUUCCAGAACUUCGCCGAGCUAUAACCUCCCGGCGCCUAAGCCGGUCGUCUUGACUCUUGGUUACCUUCACCCAUUAAAAUUUCGGAUUCCUCAAUCUCCCGCCACAUUCCGACCUUUCGAAAUUUCUCCUCCGAUUCAAGCAAUACAUACCUCGCGCUUUACUACUGAUCCGCACCAAAUCAGACCAUGGCUGAUACCGGUGGCAUACAGUUAUCGUUCCUCACGACUGGAAGCGUUCGAAUCCGACCGUCCAUGCGCUCCCAGGCCCCUGGCGGUUUCGCCCUGAUGCGUCGUCUGCGGUCACUGUGUGAUAGAGGAUGGACGGAGUCAUUCCCAGUCGGUGUAUUCCUGAUUCGCCACCCAGAAGGCCUUUUUCUCUUUGAUACGGGCCAAUCGCCCUGCUGCAACAAUGCGGGUUACUUCCCCCGCGUUGCAAUCUUCGGCGGUCUCCUGGCCGAGUUUACCAUCCAACACGAAGAUGGAAUUCUGGAACAGCUACACCAGCAGGGCAUCAAGGCGACCGAUCUCAAGGGAGUCAUCUUGAGCCAUUUGCACAGUGAUCAUGCAGGAGGCUUGGAAGACCUGGCAGCCGAAGCCCCCGACCUACCGAUCUAUAUCAGCCGCGAACACUGGAACGCCUUUGGAGAGCACCCUCUCUUCGCCAGCUUCGAGGGCGCAACUCCUAACCACUGGCCCAAGCAAUUUGCACCCAGGAUUGUGGACUUCCAGGACAGACCGCUCGGACCGUGGCCACAGUCUUUCCCCGUGACCGAUGAUGGGAGGAUUGCCAUCGUGGACACAUCCGGCCACGUUCCCGGUCACAUCGGGUUGGUAGUGCGCAGCCUUGGUGAAAACGACACAACGCCAGUUACCUACUUCCUACCAGGGGAUGCGACCUACGGGAUUGAUACCCUUGACAGGGAGGAACCGGAUGGGAUCAACGACGACCCAAUGCGGGCUUUACAAACGUUGAAGACCAUCAAAGCCUUCGCCAGAGAGACCGAUGUGGUCAUCUUGCCGAGUCACGAUAAUAACACGCCACGAUUGCUUGCCGAGCAGGUGGUUUAUCGGCCGGACCCUCAGUGAUAUGAGAACUAGUCCAAUACCCCCCUGAUAGCUUGGCCCUCCGUUUGAUGGGUAGUUCCAGGAGAGCUUUUUCUUCCCUCGUAGUGGUUCCUUAGUAAUUGCAAGAAGGGCCAUUACGCCUAGUUCAAUGUGUCAGGCGGUUGCAGGUCUUUCAGGGAGCUGGAUGGUACAUGUACUACUAUGGAAUAUAAUCUUGAAUGGGUGAGAGACUGAGGCUGGCGAUUCGAUAUAUCUAGUAACCC